AUGGCAACUAGUCGUCCCCGACCUCUGUUCUACCAAUCGUCGAAGUGUGUCGCCCUGUACUUGGAGGUUAAUAUAAGAUUCGAAUUGUACCUACGAUGCCCUAGAUUCCGUUCUGUACACAAGACUGAACCUGUAAGAAUCCAUGACUUGAAAGUGCGCCCCAACGACUUUGAAAUCAAUGGCACCGUCUUCAGUGUUGAAACCAUCAGUUUGCGAAUGAGUAACCAGGAGCCACCAUUCACUUAUAUCCAGUUGGCAAUGACAACUGGCACGGCGCAAAAAGUGGAACGUGUGGAGUAUGACAAGAAUCUCAAGAUCGCCAGGGAUUACAUUCUUGGAAGAAUUUUUGGUGUAAAAAAAGUUCAAGUCGGAAGUCUACAAAUCGGAGAAGACAAAUGCUCACAUGUGGUGUACAUCUCUCAAGGUGCUGAAGAGCAUCGUAUAUAUGCCGGGCGACCGGGCAACGCGUUUCAUAUGCGUACACUCAGUGGUCAAAUUUUACCAUUGUUGCCAGUUCCAGAAGGAAAAUUGGAAAUUGCUGAGAUGCGAGUCACUGGGAAUCUGAAAAACGCACUGGCUAGUAUCAAGACUAGUUUAUCCAAGAGCAAUCCACCCUUGAAGAAGUUGACAUAUGCCUAUCAACCGCUUCCGGAUGACCCAGUGCUUCAAAACGCUGAAGUUUUAUGUAUUGUCGGUAAUGCAAGUCUCAAGGUGUUCAAUGGAAAUCGCAACAGCAAUCGAAUUCAUCUCAGAAGUUGUAAUAUUGUGCAGGCAGACUUUAUGAAUCUAAUCAACAAAUGGGAAUGGGAGAUGGAAAAGAGCGAUGUUGGCAGAUUCUACUCCAUUGGAUUCAAACAAGAAAAGUUAAUGCACCGAUUUUUCAGAAUGUUCAGAAACCUUCCAGGGGCGGAGAGAGGAGAGAACGAUGAGUCAAGAUUGUCCAAGUACCGGGAGUGCGUUAUUAUUCCGAUGAGAGACGAGACCGAGUUAAAUGUGUGGUGUGAGAGAACAAGCGAGGAGGAUAAAGCGUACUGUGACAAUAUACUCAUAGUGAAAAUCAAAGUGCAGAAUAGUGGAUAUGCACAAGUUCAUGGAUUGUUCUAA